GGGACCCCUGGCUCGCUGCAUGGCAUCUUCUGGAACAUGCUGAAUCCUUAAGAUCCCUGCCUGGGGUGUCCCCAUGGCGACAUGGUGGCGGCUCUGUGUGUGCAGCCUGGGGAUCCUCCUCCUGGCGCCAUGUUCUCUAUCUGAGGAGUUCUCCCUGGCUGGCUCCCUGCACCCUGUGGUGGAGGUAGUUGGCCAGGAUGUGGUGUUACCCUGCCAGCUCUCACCCCCAACCCGGCUGCCCAACAUGGACGUGCACUGGAGGAAAGCUGGACCAGGAUUUAUCCUAGUUCAUGAGUACAUGGAUGUGGAUACCCAGGACCUGCCGGGGGACGGUUACCAGACCCGGACGGAGCUGUUCCUGCAGGAGUUCAGCAGCGGGAACGUCUCCCUGAAGCUGAAACGGCUCCAAGUGGCAGACGCUGGGAAGUACCAUUGCUUUGUGAGGAACCUACAGUGGAAUCUGGAAGCCGUCACUGAGUUACAGGUUGCAGCUGUGGCUCCAGUAUUCAUUGACGUGCUGGGCCCCCGGGGUCAGGGGAUCGGACUGGCCUGUAGAUCUGCAGGCUGGUUCCCCAAACCUGAACUCCGGUGGGUUGGAAAGAACCUGGCAAUGGAGAUUGUGACCAACAUGACUCAGGAUGUGGAGAACCUGUAUAAUGUUGUGAGUCACGUCACUGUCACAGAAGGGGAAGACAAUGGAGACAUCAGCUGCAUAGUGCAGAAUGGCCUGCUGGAGACCGAGAGACAAUCGGCCAUUCACCUCUCAGGUGACAUCUUCCCCCGGGUUUAUCCCUGGCUGGCUGCUUUCUGGGUAUUGUUCACUCUGGUUCUCAUUGCUGCUGGAGCUUGUGCAUAUCUUGGAUACGCAGCGAAGCGAAAAGCCUCUCAGAAGAAACUCUCUAAAGAAGAGGCUCUGUUAACUCUUGAGACUGAGAAGAAGACCUUGGACACAGAAUGCCAGGAUCUGCGUAAGACGAUUGAUGCUGAGAGGAAGGAAUUGGAAUCAGAGUGUGACAAACUGCGUGAGACGAUUGAUGCGCAGAGGAAGGCCUUUGAAACAGAAUGCCAAAAGCUGCGUCAUAUGCUUGAUGCUGAGAGGAAGGCCUUUGAAUCAGAGCGCCAGGAAGUGCGUAAGACAAUUGCAUCUAAGGAAGAGAAGAUCAAGGAACUGGAAUCAGAGCGCCAGAAGCUGCGUGAGACAAUUGCAUCUCAGAAGAAGGGUUGGUUCGGUUAAUGUCCCUGCAGGAGCUCCACUCCAGGCAGGGCGGUCACAGUGCU